CUUUGGAUCAAUGUGAUCAAUCAUUGUCUAAUUCACAACUGGUAUGUUAAACUACACACGUCCAUGACGCAAAUCUUAAACCUCUAGCUCUAUAGAAGGUCCAAAAUACCCGUUUCUUAUUCAUUUCGUUACAAAGAAAGAGCAAUGGCUCUGCAGUCAUUUCACAAUCCAACUUACAGUUGCUGUAAAGCCAUACAUAACGCAUCACGUAGUUAAGAACUUGAAAAGCUGGAAGAAGAUAGGAAAUGGAGUAUAAGCAACGAGAAGGAACCUUUGAAUAUCUAAGUAUUAAAUCAGCUUGCCGGCGUCAAAACAGAUCCCGGCCGGUCGGACAAAGGUGACUGUCUUUCUCCGGAACCAAGCCACAUAAGGACAAGGUUGUAAAAGAAAUGGCGCCUUUUCCAUCUAUUUUCGAUGGAUUUGCUAGAACAGUGUCAAUAAAGAAAGGAAGAAACGCCCAAAAAGACGUUGGAAAAGAAGCAGCAGAUUCUUUGGCUAAGGAUGCAAAGAAGAAUGAGUUGAUGUUGAGUUGCUCAGGCAUUGUCAAGUCCAACAAGUCAAAUAAUUUCGCCUCAGUUUGCUCCAAAAGAGGCCAAAAAGGAAUUAAUCAAGAUUGCUUGAUUGUGUGGGAGGAAUUUGGAUGCCAAGAGGACAUGAUCUUCUGUGGGAUUUUUGAUGGGCAUGGACCAUGGGGACAUGUUGUUUCAAAAAGAGUGAGAGAAUCUGUCCCUUCUUCUUUGCUAUGCAAUUGGCAGGAAACUCUUGCAUUGACAUCAAUCGACAAGGAUUUCGAAAUGGAAUUGGAUAGAGACCUCCAUCAAUUUGAUGUUUGGAAGCAAGCCUACUUGAAAACUUAUGCUGUCAUUGACCAGGAACUUAAGCAGAAUCCUGGGAUUGAUGCCUUUUGCAGUGGAACUACAGGUUUAACAAUCGUCAAACAGGGUGAACAUCUUGUUAUAGCGAACGUUGGCGAUUCUCGGGCUGUAUUAGCGACGACUUCUGAGGAUGGAAGUUUGGUGCCACUUCAGCUUACCAUUGAUUUCAAACCUAAUUUACCCCAGGAGGCUGAACGAAUUACACAGUCAAAAGGUCGAGUGUUCUGUUUACCGGAUGAGCCGGGGGUUUAUAGGGUCUGGAUGCCUAAUGGAAAAAGACCAGGACUAGCGUUAUCGAGAGCCUUUGGUGACUACUGCGUAAAAGAUUUUGGGCUUAUUUCCAUACCUGAUGUGACGCAGAGAAGCAUAACAAGCAGAGAUCAGUUUGUCAUUUUGGCAACAGACGGGCUAUGGGAUGUUAUUUCCAACCAAGAAGCAGUGCAGAUUGUUUCUUCAACACCAGACCGGGAAAAAUCAGCUAAAAGGUUGGUGCAAUGUGCUGCUCGCGCAUGGAAAUAUAAGAAACGGGGCAUCGCAAUGGAUGAUAUCUCAGCCAUAUGCCUCUUCUUUCAUUAUCCACCAUCUCAACAGGGAGACCCUCUUAUGUUCUUGAAACAAGCACAGGCAACCAAAACUGGGUAAUGCCUGGUUAACAAAACCUUUCAGUGCUUACAGUAGAUGUUGCAUGUAAAUGUAAACAGUAUUGUAGCAAGAAUACCUUAUAUAGUGUAAGGAUUGAAUAAAAAGCAUCUAAUCAGGUUUAUAGAUCUUA